AGUCGAGACUACCAGCGACUAGGAGUUCCUUAGCUGCCGCCACCGACCCAAUCAUCCCUCUUCACGUCCCUGACGAUUUUCCUACUCUGGAGUAGCGAGAUUAAAAAAAUGUAACUGGGCUGCUUAUUCUUCUUUUAAAAGACCAAGCGCCCUGUUUUUUGUUCCUGCUGCUGCCUCUGUUCCCCAUCCAGUCUUUCCUUUAGUCUCGAGACGAUCGGCCUGCCUUACACAUACAUUCCUUUGAUCCACGGCCGUUGACUGCCUUUCGUUUAAUUUAAUUCCACCACCUGCAGCAUGCAUCUUCAGUCGCUCUAUCUCGCCUUCCUGGCUUCCGUCACAUCCGUUGUCGCCAACGAUGUAGUUUCGAUCUUUCUUCCAGAGGCUGAUCCUCAGCCGAUCGUCGGAAAGGUUAUCGGUGUUGACGGCCCUGUCACUUCCUAUGUCCUCUACUGUGCCCCUGGCACCGAUGACGACGAAUGUGGACUCCCCUCCAGUGGUUACACCGUCGCCCAAGGCCCCUCCACCUACCAUAUGAUUUACAGCUACCAGGACUACGUCCAAAGCCAAGGAUGCAAGCUCGGCAACAAAUCCGUCAUCACCUGUGAGGUCAAGAUGCACGACGCGACCACUACUAGAGAAGACUCCGCCGUCCUGACCACCACCGACAUGCCCUAUCUCCCCGUCACCAUCACCGCCACCGAGACCGGCGCCUCUAACAAGGCCACCGCGUCGGCGACCGCCUCGGCCAAGUCCACCCUGGCGACCACUGCCUCUGCCACCUCUGGUGCCUCGGCCAGCGCUACCGGUUCCGAUGCCUCCGCGUCUGCGACGGACAGCAGCAACGCUGCCCUGGCCCAAGCCACCGGCCACGCUGGGUGGGUUGCCGGCGGUGCCGCGAUGGCGCUGGCAUUGGCGAUGGCGUAGAGGGUUGGCUGUUUUCAUCAUGACGAAUAAUGGGGUUGGAUCUUGUUCUUUUCUUUUCUUUCCAUCUGCUUGCGUAAUUCAGCUCACUUCAGGUUUCUGAUGCCCCCCAGAUGAUUACCUUUGAUGCCUAUGCUUUAUUCUGAUGUAAUAUGAUUAAUACACCCUACGGAGAUCCGAAUACAUUCAUUCCGACA